AUGUGGUUCAAAUGUCGUUUAACAGCAAUUGUGUUGCUAUCACAGGUGAAUGAAGACGUUAGAAUGGCCUGCAACGUAAUCGCCGGUCUGAUGAAAAGACCGUCUCUACACCUCAUCUCGGUUCUUUCAUCUUGGAAUGCCCGAUUAAACCUGAACGGUGGAGUUGGUUGUAAUAGCAUUGCAGCUUUCAGGGGCAUGCAAAAUUUGGCGGCUAUAAAGCAACUCAGAAAAGUCACAAAUGCAGGAGUAGUGGAGUGUAAAGAAGCUCUAAGCCGUUGCAAUGGGGAUCUCGACGCAGCGAUUGCGUAUGUGCGAAGGGCGCAGCAUAACCGUCAGCUCGAAAUUGACACAGAAAGACCAGUAUUUGGUAUGUUUAAUUUUCUAGUCCCGAGUAUAAGCCUUCAUGUAGGUAAAAUUGCUAUUCCAAGCGACAUACGAACACGAGAAAAGUCGGUGAUAGUGGAGUUGUGCUGCAACUGUGACUUCGUAACGUCGAGUGACAAGUUUGCGCAACUCGCCCACGACAUCAGAAGGACCAUCCAACGGUCCAUCGAUAAUAGUCGCAUCAACGUCACUCACUCGAACGCUACAAAGGCAGCUGCACCUUUAGAUAUUGGGUCGUGCAACGACAUUAUAUCUGACGGUGACGAUGGUCUUACAGUGAGCCAAAUGCUACAACGAUCGUCUGCGGAAUUCAAGACCAAGAUCGUUAUGCCUACCGUUAUCGCUUUCCAAAGAAAUCUUCGAAACGAUCAUGUUGGCAUAUAUGUGCAUCAAAAGACAAGCACUGGGGAGGGAGUGAUGGGCUCUAUUCUAGGUCUGGUCAGCCUAAGACACCAUGGCGUUAACGCCACGCUGUCCAACCACCUUUCGGACACCCUUGGAGAUAUCGCACGGCAUCUUGCCAUUCAAAUGGUGUGCAAUCCAUUGAACACCGAACAAUGGCAAACCGAGGAAGGCAGGCCAUACAGAAUGGCCGAUGUGAACCACAUUCUUCAACAACCUUGGAUGCAUCUGGACUCCGUGCAAUCAAAAAUGCAUGAUAUUGCCACUAAAGUGGGACUUGGGAAGUGCGAUAUAGACUCUGAAGCUUCCGUAGGACGAACGCUAGAUGAAAUAGCGAAGUUAAUAGGCGCAGCUAGCAUAACUGUGCCGGGUGCGCUGUACAUGAAGUCAGGCGCAACACCGGUGAUAUGUGACUGA